ACGGUGUUUCCGUAACAGAUGUGGCGUUUCAGAGCGAAGUUGUUUGAAAUUUAGACAGAUUGAGGCAUCGCUUGUGGAGAAAGAACUAGAUGUUACGUAUCCAGACAUUGUACAGAGGUUUAAAAUUGGCAAGAUCAUCAAUAGAAAGUUCUUUUGCUGCAUAUCAGACCUCUGCCAACAUGACUUCCUCAAAGAAUCCAGCAGUUGCAAAGGAGUAUGAGAAUAUAAUCAAGUCUGCCGAGGACAAGAGACUCUAUCGAGGCCUUCAACUCAAUAAUGGCAUGAAGAUUGUUCUCAUUAGUGAUCCUACAACGGAGAAGUCUGCUGCUGCCCUUGACGUCCAUGUUGGUUCCUUGUCAGACCCGUGGGAGAUCCCUGGUCUUGCUCAUUUUCUUGAGCACAUGCUCUUUCUUGGGACUGAGAAGUAUCCAUCAGAAAAUGCAUACUCACAGUUUUUGAACGAGCAUGGAGGGUUUGCUAAUGCAUACACCAGCGGUGAGCAUACCAACUUUUACUUUGAUGUCUCACAUGAACAUCUACAGGGAGCCCUUGAUAGGUUUGCCCAGUUCUUUCACUGUCCUCUGUUCAACCAAGAUGCACAAGAUAGGGAAGUCAACGCUGUGGAUUCUGAGAAUGACAAAAAUCUCAAGGCAGAUUCUUGGAGGAUCUUUCAACUCGACAAGGCUACAGUCAACCCAUCCCAUCCCUUUAGCAAAUUUAACACGGGUAAUAAGGAUACAUUAGCUACAAUACCACUGGAAAAGGGGAUUGAUGUUCGGAAAGAACUCUUAAAAUUCCACUCUGAAUUCUACUCGUCUAACAUCAUGGGAUUAGCUGUACUAGGGAGAGAAAGCUUGGAUCAGUUAUCAGAGAUAGUCCUCCAACUCUUUUCCAACGUGGAGAACAAGAACGUAAGGAUAUCUGAAUGGUUGGAACACCCGUAUGGUAAAGACCAACUCAAGGUGAAGUUUGAAGUGGUGCCAGUGAAAGAUCUGAGACAGCUCAAUGUCAGUUUCCCUAUCCCUGAUCUACAAGAGCAUUAUAAAUCAAAGCCUGCUCACUAUCUAGGCCACCUGGUUGGACAUGAAGGACCGGGAAGUCUACUCUCAGAACUCAAAGCUAGAGGAUGGGUAAACACGUUAUGUGGAGGAGAGAAAGAUGGCGCCAAAGGAUUUGCUUUCUUCAUCAUCAAUGUCGACUUGAGUGAGGAAGGAUUAGAUCAUGUUGAUGAUAUCAUCCUGCACAUGUUUCAGUAUCUGAACAUGUUGAGGAAAGAGGGUCCGCAGCAAUGGGUCCAUGAUGAAUGUCGAGAUCUGGAUGCCAUGAGGUUUAGAUUCAAGGAUAAAGAGAGGCCCUCGGGGUACGUCACCAAAGUGGCUCAUCUCUUACACGACUACCCCAUGGACGAGGUAUUAAGUGCUUCGUAUCUGAUGCCGGAGUUCAAACCAGAUGUCAUCACUGAGAUCUUGGAAAGGCUCACUCCAGAAAAUAUCAGAGUAGCAGUUGUUUCCAAAUCCUUUGAGGGUAAAACAGAUAAGGUUGAGAAGUGGUAUGGUACAGAGUACAGCAUCAGGAAUAUAGAACCGAGUUUGAUCAAGAGGUGGGAUGAAGCCGGCCUGAAUGAAAAAUUCAGCCUCCCUCCCCGGAACGAGUUCAUCCCGACAAACUUUGAGCUUGCCCCCAGGGAGAAAGAGGGCAUGUCCACACCCACGAUGGUCAGAGAGACCCCUCUCAGUAAAUUAUGGUUCAAACAAGAUGAUACCUUCCUGCUUCCCAAGGCCUGUAUGCUGCUAGAAAUAUCAAGCCCCCUGGCAUACAUUGAUCCCCUGCAUUGUAAUCUGACCUCAAUAUUCUGCACCUUGUUACGGGACGCCCUCAACGAGUACGCAUAUGCAGCAGAGAUUGCUGGAGUUAGUUACUCAAUAGACAGCACUAUCUAUGGUUUGGAGGUUGGAGUGGGAGGCUACAGCGAUAAGAUGGCUCUCUUACUACAGAGAGUCUUUGAGAAGAUGACUAACUUUGUGAUCGAUGAAAAUAGGUUUGAUGUCAUCAGAGAAACAUAUUCAAGAAUGUUGUCAAACUUCCAUGCAGAGCAACCUCAUAGACAUGCUGUGUAUUAUACAUCAGUGCUAGUAGCGGAGCAGGCCUGGACCAAGCUAGACCUAGCCCAGUGUAUGGAUGAGGUUACGUUGGAGAGGUUACAGAGCUUUAUCCCUCUGCUCCUGUCCAACCUCCACAUGGAGGCCCUUUUCCAUGGUAACCUAGCCCAGGAGCAGGCAGCCUCCACAAUGGAGAGCCUGGAGAAUAUCCUCAAGACCAAUACAAGGAGUAAACCGCUCCUUCCCAGUCAGCUGAAGAGACAGAGGGAGAUUCAGCUACCAGAUGGUUGCUACUACACAUACCAUCGUAACAAUGAAGUACACAGUAACUCAGGGAUUGAGAUAUAUUAUCAGACUGCUGUACAGGAGACAAAGAAUAAUAUGAUGCUUGAACUAUUCUGUCAGAUUGUCAGCGAGCCUUGUUUCAACAUGCUUAGAACAAAAGAACAAUUAGGUUAUCUAGUAUUUAGUGGUGUUAGGCGUUCUAAUGGCGUUCAGGGUCUUCGAUUCAUCAUUCAGUCAGAGAGGGCGCCAGCCUAUUUAGAUCAGAGAAUAGAGGCUUUCCUCAGUAGCAUGGAGUCUUACUUAGAAGAGAUGACGGAGGAAGAUUAUCAGAAGCAUGUGACGGCAUUAGCAGUCAAAAGAUCAGAAAAACCCAAACAAUUGAGAGAAGAAGCUGCAAGACACUGGACAGAAAUCACUUGCAAACAAUACAACUUUGAUAGAGUUGACCUUGAGGUGUCCUUCUUGAAGACCAUCACCAAGGACGACCUUUUGACCUUCUACCGUAACCUUCUGAUGGUUGCUGCCCCCAAGAGGCACAAGUUAGCCGUCUACGUCUAUCCACCUGCUCCUGAGGGGAUUGAUCAGAUCCCGGCUGCUGGUGAAGACCAACCUGAUGCUGCAACCAAAGAUAAGUUGGAUCUACAUGAGGCUCCAGUCCUACCUGAGCCUCAAGGCAUCAGUGAUAUAGCUCUCUUCAAGAGUGGUCUUCCACUCUUUCCUAGACCUCCUCCACACAACACAAACAAUGCCAAAUCAAAGCUUUGAGGAUCAGCCAAUGGACACUGACAGACACAGGCACAAAGCAGGUUCCACUGCACUCGACUGACUACAAAGGACUGUUGGGAUGAUCAAUCCAUGACACAAAUGGUGCAGUGUUGAGGAUCUGCAGAACUGACAGAACCUAGAGACAUGCAGGAGGUUCAGAAGCUACAUGGUCCCAACCAUUCAUCCCUUUGACUACUACUACUACUAAAAAAGUUGGGAAUGUCAUUCUAAGCAGCAAAAGUGGACAGUACCAUACAGCUGAAGACUGUCCAUCCAGGGGUGUAUUGAGUUACAUCAAUGCCGAGGACAAGUGCUUGAAUUGCACUCUUCUGAACUUUUGACUGUGGUGACAUCUCUUGAUGUCCUUCAAGAUGUUUUCACUUCUGCCCUUUACGAGUGGCACGGGGGCAAGUGCCCCACUUGUCCCUUAGAUAUGCCACUGUAUUUGUCUGUUAUAAGCUGGGGUUCUGAGUGAGUUAUCACUUUAUGUUACUUCCAAACAAUACUUGCAAUAUUGGUGUAAACGGGAUGUUCACCCUGACAAAAAUUUAUUGUAAAAAUAGCAGAAAAAAUAAUAGAAAUAUUUGUGUAGGUUUUAGAAAA